AGCAUGAUCAUUACACAGAAGAAGUUUAUCUACCACUAUAAGAACAUGCGCUGGGCCAAGGGCCGACACGAAACCUACCUGUGCAUCGUGGUCAAGAGGAGGAGAGGAGAGGAGAGGGAGGGAGGGAGUAGGGAGAAGAGGGAGGGGAGAGAGUACCAGCUGCUGUUCCUGCGCCUCCUGGAAGCAGGUGCCCUGUGUCCCUGCCUGUGGGGUUAUGGAGCUCCAGACAGUGUGGGACUGUGUUACUCAGUCACCUGGUUAUGUUCCUGGUCCCCCUGCUCAGACUGCUCCUACAGGCUGGCCCAGUUCCUCAGCCAGACCCCCAACCUCCGCCUCAGAAUCUACGUCUAGCUCUACUUCUGUGACCCGGAGGACAGCAGUGCGAGAGAGGGUCUCCGCAUGCUGCAGAGAGCCGGGGUGCAGAUCACUGUCAUGAACUAUGAAGACUAUUUCUACUGUUGUUACUGUUGGCAGACCUUUGUAGCUUGCAGACAACGUGUGUUUAAGGCCUGGGACGGACUGCAUCAGAACUCACAUGCACACACACUGUACCCUUGA